AUGGCGACGACGAACGAUUCUAAAGCGCCUUUGCGCCAAGUAAAAAGAGUACAGUUUGGUAUUUUAUCUCCAGAUGAAAUCCGACGCAUGUCAGUCACAGAUGGAGGAAUCCGCUUCCCUGAAACUAUGGAAGGUGGAAGGCCUAAGAUUGGUGGCCUCAUGGACCCCCGACAAGGGGUGAUAGACAGAAGUUCCAGAUGUCAAACUUGUGCUGGUAAUAUGACAGAAUGCCCAGGACAUUUUGGCCACAUAGACUUGGCAAAGCCUGUUUUUCAUAUUGGGUUUAUAACAAAAACAAUAAAAGUAUUAAGAUGUGUUUGCUUUUAUUGUUCCAAGCUGCUUGUCAGUCCCACUAAUCCAAAGAUAAAAGAAGUUGUAAUGAAAUCAAAAGGACAGCCUAGAAAAAGACUGACAUAUGUUUAUGAUUUAUGUAAAGGAAAAAAUAUUUGCGAAGGUGGUGAAGAUAUGGAUAUUGGUAAAGAAGGAGAGGAAGGCAAAAGGGGUUCAGGUCAUGGAGGUUGUGGACAUUACCAACCAUCUAUUAGAAGACAAGGCCUAGAUUUAACUGCAGAAUGGAAACAUGCUAAUGAAGAUACUCAAGAUAAGAAAAUAAUUAUAACUGCUGAGAGAGUGUAUGAAAUUCUAAAACAUAUAACAGAUGAGGAAUCAUUUAUAUUGGGAAUGGAUCCUAAAUUUGCGAGGCCAGAUUGGAUGAUAGUGACAGUCUUACCGGUUCCACCCUUAGCUGUAAGACCAGCUGUAGUCAUGUUUGGAUCUGCAAAAAAUCAGGAUGAUUUAACUCACAAGUUAGCAGAUAUAAUCAAAGCUAACAAUGAAUUAAUGCGAAAUGAACAGUCAGGUGCAGCAGCACAUGUUCUAACAGAUAAUAUUAGGAUGCUACAAUUUCAUGUUGCAACAUUUGUGGACAAUGACAUGCCUGGUAUGCCAAAAGCUAUGCAAAAAUCUGGAAAACCAUUAAAAGCUAUUAAGGCACGAUUAAAAGGCAAAGAAGGAAGAAUUCGUGGAAAUCUUAUGGGGAAGCGUGUUGACUUUUCUGCUAGAACUGUCAUCACGCCUGAUCCCAAUUUACGUAUCGAUCAAGUAGGAGUGCCUAGGUCCAUUGCACAAAAUUUAACAUUCCCAGAGUUAGUAACGCCAUUUAAUAUAGAUAGGAUGCAAGAGUUGGUUCGUCGUGGUAAUGCACAAUAUCCAGGUGCAAAGUAUAUAGUUAGAGACAAUGGAGAAAGAAUAGAUCUGAGAUUUCAUCCAAAACCAUCAGACUUACAUUUGCAAUAUGGCUAUAAAGUAGAACGACACUUGAGAGACGAUGACUUGGUGAUAUUCAAUCGACAGCCAACCUUGCAUAAGAUGAGUAUGAUGGGUCACAGAGUAAAAGUAUUGCCUUGGUCCACAUUCCGUAUGAACUUAAGUUGUACUUCACCAUAUAACGCCGAUUUCGAUGGCGAUGAAAUGAAUUUACAUGUGCCUCAGUCUAUGGAAACUCGUGCAGAAGUUGAAAACAUUCACAUAACGCCAAGGCAGAUUAUAACUCCACAAGCUAACAAACCAGUCAUGGGUAUUGUGCAGGAUACUUUGACAGCUGUAAGGAAAAUGACAAAGAGAGAUGUAUUUUUGACCAAAGAACAAGUUAUGAAUCUACUUAUGUUUUUGCCCACUUGGGAUGGAAAAAUUCCACAACCCUGUAUUUUAAAGCCACAGCCACUUUGGACUGGAAAACAAAUUUUUACUUUGAUCAUUCCUGGUAAUGUAAACAUGGUUCGAACUCACAGCACUCAUCCAGAUGAGGAAGACGAUGGACCAUAUUCAUGGAUAUCACCUGGAGAUACGAAAGUUGUUGUAGAACAUGGAGAGUUACUUAUGGGUAUUCUAUGUAAAAAAUCUUUGGGUGCCUCUGCAGGUUCCUUGCUUCACAUUUGCAUGUUAGAAUUAGGACAUGAAACUGCGGGACGAUUCUAUGGUAAUAUUCAGACGGUAAUCAACAAUUGGCUUCUAUUAGAAGGUCACUCUAUUGGUAUUGGUGACACCAUUGCUGAUCCUCAAACAUAUCAGGAAAUUCAGCGUGCCAUAGUUAAAGCUAAAGAUGAUGUAAUAGAGGUAAUUCAAAAAGCCCAUAAUAUGGAACUUGAGCCGUCUCCUGGUAACACUCUCAGGCAGACCUUCGAAAAUAAAGUAAAUCGUAUUUUGAACGAUGCUCGUGACAAAACCGGAGGCUCAGCCAAGAAAUCGUUGACAGAGUAUAAUAACUUGAAGGCUAUGGUGGUGGCAGGUUCUAAGGGUUCCAAUAUUAAUAUCUCCCAGGUUAUUGCUUGCGUGGGACAACAGAACGUAGAAGGAAAGCGUAUUCCAUUUGGUUUUCGUAAAAGGACACUGCCACAUUUCAUUAAAGACGAUUAUGGUCCUGAAUCGAGAGGUUUCGUCGAAAAUUCGUAUCUCGCCGGAUUGACGCCAUCAGAGUUCUAUUUCCACGCUAUGGGUGGCCGUGAAGGUCUUAUCGAUACUGCUGUAAAAACUGCCGAAACUGGUUACAUUCAGAGACGUCUAAUCAAAGCUAUGGAGUCUGUUAUGGUACAUUAUGAUGGAACAGUUCGUAAUUCUGUCGGACAAUUGAUUCAAUUAAGAUACGGAGAAGACGGACUUGCUGGAGAGACUCUAGAAUUCCAAAAUCUACCCACGGUUAAACUGUCUAACAAAGCAUUUGAGAAGAAGUUUAAAUUUGAUCCCACAAACGAAAGAUAUUUGAAGCGGAUAUUUAAUGAAGAAAUUAUUAAAGAGCUUACAGAAUCGGGAUAUGUCAUAGCCGAUCUUGAAAGUGAAUGGGAACAAUUAUGCAGGGACAGACAAAUACUGCGACAAAUUUUCCCCACUGGAGAGUCUAAAGUUGUACUGCCUUGCAAUUUCAAGAGAAUGAUUUGGAAUGUUCAGAAGAUUUUCCAUAUUAACAAGAGAGUACCCACCGAUUUAAGUCCGAUUAAAGUUAUACAGGGCGUCAAAGAUCUGUUAAAGAAGUGUGUGAUCGUAGCUGGUGAAGAUCGAUUGUCCAAACAAGCUAAUGAAAAUGCUACAUUACUAUUCCAAUGUCUGGUGAGAUCUACAAUGUGCACAAAAUUUGUUUCCGAAGAUUACAGGUUAUCUAGUGAAGCUUUUGAAUGGUUGAUUGGAGAAAUAGAAACAAGAUUCCAACAAGCACAAGUGAAUCCUGGAGAAAUGGUCGGGGCAUUGGCCGCUCAGUCCCUUGGAGAACCUGCUACUCAGAUGACAUUGAACACCUUCCACUUUGCUGGUGUGUCAUCCAAAAACGUAACGCUUGGUGUGCCCCGUCUAAAGGAAAUUAUUAACAUAUCCAAAAAACCCAAAGCUCCUUCCCUCACUGUAUUUCUCACUGGCGGAGCAGCAAGAGACGCAGAGAAAGCUAAAAAUGUACGGUGUAGAUUGGAACAUACUACAUUACGUAAAGUUACCGCUAAUACGGCCAUUUACUACGACCCUGACCCGCAGAAUACUGUCAUUAGUGAAGAUCAAGAGUUUGUUAAUGUUUAUUAUGAAAUGCCUGAUUUCGAUCCGACAAAGAUUUCACCGUGGUUGUUACGUAUCGAAUUAGACCGUAAAAGAAUGACUGAUAAGAAAUUAUCUAUGGAGCAAAUUGCAGAGAAAAUUAAUGCUGGAUUUGGAGAUGAUCUUAAUUGUAUCUUCAACGACGACAACGCAGAGAAACUUGUGUUACGUAUCAGGAUCAUGAACAAUGAGGAGAGCAAAUUCCAAGAUAACGACGAGGAAACAGUUGAUAAGAUGGAAGAUGACAUGUUCUUGAGAUGUAUUGAAGCUAAUAUGCUAUCUGAUAUGACGUUACAAGGUAUAGAAGCUAUUGCAAAGGUGUACAUGCACUUGCCCCAGACUGAAGCAAAGAAACGUAUUAUAAUCACAGAACAAGGAGAAUUCAAAGCUAUCGCAGAAUGGUUGUUGGAAACUGACGGUACGUCACUGAUGAAAGUACUUUCAGAACGUGAUGUCGACCCUAUAAGAACAUUCAGUAACGACAUUUGCGAAAUAUUCCAAGUGCUUGGAAUUGAAGCUGUGCGAAAGUCUGUGGAAAAGGAAAUGAAUGCUGUAUUGCAGUUCUACGGAUUGUACGUGAACUAUCGUCAUCUUGCUUUGCUUUGUGACGUCAUGACAGCUAAAGGUCAUCUUAUGGCUAUCACUCGUCACGGUAUCAACAGGCAAGACACUGGAGCUCUUAUGAGAUGUUCUUUUGAGGAAACCGUUGAUGUUUUACUUGAUGCUGCAAGUCAUGCUGAAGUGGAUCCAAUGAGAGGUGUAUCUGAAAAUAUUAUUAUGGGACAGUUACCUAGAAUGGGAACAGGUUGUUUUGACCUAUUACUUGAUGCUGAGAAAUGUAAACAUGGUAUGGAAAUGGGAGGUCUGGGCGUUGGUAUGGGAGUUGGCGGCGGAAUGUAUUUCGGUGUGGGAACCCCGUCAAUGACACCGCUGAUGACUCCUUGGUCUAAUCAAAAUACUCCUGGAUAUGGAAGCAGUGUUUGGUCUCCUGGUCAAGUUGGUAGCAGUAUGACUCCGGGUGGUCCAUCGUUCUCACCAUCAGGAGCGUCAGAUGCAUCAGGAUUGUCACCAGCAUACAGCAGUUCUUGGUCACCACAACCCGGGUCUCCUGGAUCACCUGGGGCUCCUUUAUCGCCAUAUGCUUCUCCAGCUGGGGCAUCACCUUCUUAUUCACCAACGAGCCCUGUUUACGCUGCUCCAUCCCCGAGUCUCACUCCCACGUCCCCACAUUACUCCCCAACCAGCCCUUCAUAUUCGCCAACCUCCCCUCAUUAUUCCCCAACUUCCCCUAUCUAUUCACCUACUUCGCCCAGCUAUUCGCCAACUUCACCGGGCUACUCCCCUACAUCCCCGUCGUAUUCACCGACGUCUCCUAGUUACUCGCCAACGUCCCCCAGCUAUUCACCAACAAGUCCAGCGUACUCGCCGACAUCACCAAGUUAUUCAGCCACUUCUCCGAGCUAUUCACCAACAAGCCCGUCGUAUUCACCUACGAGCCCGUCAUAUUCACCAACAAGUGCUGCUUAUUCGCCGACAUCUCCGGGUUAUUCACCAUCUUCUCCAAGUUACUCUCCAACAAGUCCAGCUUACAGCCCAGCUUCUCUUAGUUAUUCUCCGUCUUCCCCUAACUACCCUCCAACAGCACCCGCUUAUUCUCCUACGAGUCCUUCAUAUUCUCCCGCCUAUUCUCCAACUUCACCAAGCUACUCACCGUCUUCACCAAAAUAUUCGCUCUCACCGAAUUAUUCACCUACAUCUCCGUCACUCGCAGGAGGUAGUCCUACAUAUUCACCAAAGAAUCCUCAAUAUAUGCCAAAAAGUCCACAAUACUCUCCAACGAGUACCGCAUAUUCACCUUCUUCGCCACAACAUCCAGGAAGUACUCAAUAUUCACCUUCAUCACCGAAUUAUUCUCCAUCACCAAAUUAUUCACCAUCUUCACCAGGAUACUCGCCAUCUUCAACAAAAUAUUCACCGACUUCACCGACCUUCACCCCUACGUCAUCGAACUAUUCGCCUACAUCACCCGCGUACUCCCCAUCUUCUGCCGGACCCUCCACAUAUUCACCCACUUCUCCCAACUAUUCACCGACUUCCCCCUCUCAUGACGAUAUGGACGAU